AUGGCACGGCUGGUUAAGAGGCAAGCACAAGUAGUACAAAAACAAGAUGACAUUAAGGAGGAACACCUUUUGGCUUUCAUUCUGAAGGAGAAAUAUGAUAAAGAAGAACAAUGCAAACAAGAACUCAAGAAAUAUUGUGAAGAGUUGAAGGAAAUAGAUGGUGGUUCCGAUGUGAAUAAAAAUGUUAAAGAAAUUUGUGAUGAAGCAAAACGAGACAAAAAAUGCACAGGACUGAAAGCCAAAGUUGAAGCAGAAUUGGACACUUUUGAUACGGAACUUGAAGAUGAAUUAGGAAAAUUAAAAGAUGAAAAUUGUAAAAAAUAUGAAGAAAAAUGUAUACUUUUAGAAGGAACGGGUUAUAGUGAAGAUAUUAAGAAGAACUGCGUCGAGUUGAGGGAAGGAUGUUACGAAUUGAAGCGUAAAAAGGUGGCAGAGGAGCUUCUUUUGAGGGCGCUCGGAAAGGAAGCUAAAAAUGAUGGUGAAUGUAAAGAAAAGAUGAAAACUGUUUGCUCAGUGUUAAGCCGAGAAAGCGACGAAUUGAUGUCUUUCUGCCUUGAUCCAACUAAAACAUGUGAAACGUUGAAAAAAAAAUCAGAAGAAGUUUGCAACCUUUUGAAAACAAAAUUGGAUGGGAAAAGUUCAGAAAAGUGUCAUGAAAGACUUGAGAAAUGUCAUUUUUAUGGAGAAGCGUGUACUGAAACAAAGUGCGAGGAGGAUAAGACGAAAUGUGAAAAAGAAGGAGUCAUAUAUAAAGCACCGGAAUCUGAUUUUAGUCCGGUGAAACCGAAGGCGUCGUUGUUGAGAAGUAUUGGGUUGGAAGAUGUUUAUAAAAGAGCUGAAAAAGAAGGGAUUAUUAUUGGAAAAUCAGGAGUGGAUCUACCGAGGAAGUCAGGUACAAAUUUUCUGCAAGAUCUCUUGCUACUGUUGAGCAGAGAUGAGAAGGAGACGGAUGCAACAAGUAAAUGCAAAAAAGCGUUAGGAAAAUGUGAUACUUCUAAGUAUUUGGACCAUAAUUUGAAAGAUUUAUGCGAUAAAAAUGAUAACGACAAAUGCAAAGCAUUACUAGAUGUAAAUGUAAAAGAAAGAUGCACAAAUCUCAAAUUAAAUCUUUAUCUGAAAGAUUUGUCUACGGAAUAUGAUAAAGAAUCAAAAGUUUUAUUCUGGAGAGAGCUUCCAACAUUAUUUACAAAGGGAGAGUGUGUAGAACUUGAGUCGGAAUGUUUUUAUUUAAAAAAGGCGUGUAAAGAUAGUAAGAUUGAUGAAGCAUGUCAAAAUGUACGAGCAGCGUGCUAUAAAAAGGGACAAGACAGGAUGUUGAAUACGUUCUUUCAAAAGGAAUUGAAGGGAAAGCUUGGUCAUGUAAGAUUUUAUAGCGAUCCUAAAGAUUGUAAAAAAUAUGUGGUAGAAAACUGUACAAAACUUAAAGAAGAUAAAAGAUACCUUUCAAAAUGUCUUUAUCCUAAAGAACUAUGUUAUGGGCUUUCAAAUGAUAUUUUUCUCCAAUCCAAAGAGUUAAGUGCGCUUUUGGAUGAUCAAAGGGAUUUUCCAUUAGAAAAGGAUUGUGUUGAAUUGGGAGAGAAGUGUGAUCAACUUAGUAGUGAUUCAUUAUUGAAUUUAGAAAAGUGUAUAACAUUGAAAAGACGCUGUGAAUACUUUAGAGUUUCAGAGGGAUUUAGAAAUGUACUUUUAAAAAGAAAAGAUGAUUCGUUAAUGACUCAGGAAAACUGUACAAAGGCAUUGCAUGAGAAAUGUGAUGCUUUAUCUAGGAGGAGAAAGAAUUCAUUUAGUGUUUCAUGUGCUUUACCAGAAGAAACAUGUAGUUAUAUGGUAUUCCACACAAGUCAAGAUUGUAAAUAUUUAAAAGAAAACAUCAAGAAUGGAGGAAUUGUAGGAAAAAUUGGAGGAGCAAAUGGAAAUGAAACAGCACUUGAAGAACUCUGCACAACAUGGGGCCGACAUUGUCACCAACUUGUGAAGAAUUGUCCGGAGCAGUUGAAAAAAAAAGAGAAUGGCAAUGACAAUGAUCAUAACUGUGACAAACUCGAAGAAAAAUGCAGGGAUACUUUUGAAAAGUUGAAAGCGAAGGAGGAGCUAACUCACCUGUUGAAAGGCAAUUUAAAGGAUGAUGUUAAAUGUAAAGAAGCAUUAGGAAAGGGUUGCACUGAGUUGCAAAAGGAUAAUACAUUCAAAAUUCUGCUUACUAAUUGUGAAGAGGGCACCAAGGGAACUGUUUGCAAAAAAUUAGUUGAUAAAGUAAAAAAGAAAUGUCCUACUUUAAAAACCGAUUUGGAGAAUGCGAAAGAGGAGUUGACAAAGAUGAAGACUGAGUACGAUGCGCUCAAACAGGCGGCAGAAAAAUCUACAAAGGAAGCUAAGUUAUUGCUAUCGAAGCCUCGACAAACUGUAAUGCCAAGUGCGCAGAAUAGCAGUGGUUCUGUACCAGCACAGCCACCAGCAGCACCAGCAGCACCAGAAGCAGGAUCAUCUUCAUCACCACAAGGGCCACCUUCAUCACCAGAAUCAUCUUCUACAUCAAGUGGAACACCAGGCACAACAGAUGGAACGGCGAAGAAUCCAAAAUUUGGACUCGUUAAAAGAGCAUAUGUAGCUGAAGGAGUAUCAGAAGCAGAGGUCAAAGCAUUUGAUGCAACGACGAUAGCAUUGGAGUUGUAUUUGGAAUUGAAAGAGGAAUGCAAAGCUUUACAACUAGAUUGCGGUUUUAAAGAGGAAUGUCCAGAUACUAAACAAGCUUGCGAAAAUAUAGACACUUUAUGUAAACUGGAACCAUUAGAAAUUAAGCCUCAUCAUACAGAGAAAAUAACAGCUACGAUGACGGAAACAAAGACCAUUGAGAAGACUACUGAGAAGACUAGUACGACGACUAUUACGAUAACCAAGCCAGUAGGUGGAGGAAAAGUAACAGAACAGUGUACAUUAGUGCGGACGACAGAUAUAUGGGUGACGAGUACGUCAUUGCAUACGAGCACCGUGACAAGUACACCUACAGUGACGUCUACAGUGACGUUGACCUCAAUGCGCAAGUGCAAACCUACAAAAUGUACAACUGAUUCAAGUGAAGAAACGCAUUAAGUGACUCCAAAUAAAGGGAUAAAAAUAGGAGUUCCAGAGAUAGUAAAAAUAAUGUUGUUGGGAGUUAUUGUUAUAGGGAUGAUGUAAAA